AUGAAGAUGGCUGCUUCUUACAUCAUCAUUGUCCUCCUUGUAUUCACUGCAGGGACCCUGAUGCCUAUGGUGAAAGGUGACAUUUGCACAGAAGAUUUGGGUGCAUGCGAUGAUGGCUGCAAUUCAAGGUGCACAUCUGCACAUCCUGGGGCUAAGGCCGGUUGCGAUUUGAACAACAACACCCCACCGGUCGUUUUCAUUUCUGAGUGGGCUAGGCUUGCAAAGGGUGAGCCAAUUGGAGUAAUGCCGUUUCUGGAUCGAAAGGCCUUUCAAGCUCGAACACUCCCAGCUGGAAAUACUCUAGGGCGUUACCAAUCAGAGUUAGACCAUGUACCCCUUUUGCUCGGGCAAUCUGAUGAUAUCGAGGAGAGAAAGAAGAAGACCACUGUGGCCAUGUUGAAGCUUACCAGGCACCAAGUUGAGAAACUUAAGCGAAUGGCGAAUGAGGGGAAUGGUUACAACCAUUCUGGCACUAAGCGGGCUUACACAAGGUAUGAGACCGUGGCAGGGCACAUAUGGAGAUGUGCGUCUAAGGCUAGAGUUCACAGAAAUGAACAACCUACGGCAAUGGGAGUUUGCGUUGAUUUGAGGAGUCGUAUGCAACCCCCAUUGCCCCAAGGAUACUUUGGAAAUGCAACAUUUUAUGGGGUUGCUAGAAGUCUUGCUGGUGACUUGGUGUCCAAGCCAUUAGGGUACGCUUCGAGUAGAAUAAGGGAGGCAAUCGAGAAGGUGUCGAAUGAUUAUGUGCUGUCCGCCAUUGAUCACUUCAGGAACCAACCGGACUUGACUAGGUUUCAAGACCUUCAUGCUCUAGGGAUUGCCGAAGGGGCUUUUCAUGGAAACCCUUGUCUUGAGGUUGUGAGUUGGUCGACACUGCCUAUAUAUGGGCUUGACUUUGGAUGGGGAAAGGAAAUUUAUAUGGGUUCAGGAACAUAUGAUUUUGAUGGGGAAUCCUUCCUCCUUCCAAGUCCUUAUGGAGAUGGUUCUAUGGUUCUGACUUUGUGUUUACAAGUGGCCCAUAUGGAUGCUUUCAAGAAGCACUUCUAUGAAGAUAUUAUACUGCAUAAGUUAUAUAGCAAGCUAUAA